GCUUCCAUUCGAUCCAGCAACAACAGGGGGGGUCAAGGAUAAAAAAGAACAAAAAACCCACGCUUCGUCCCGUGCUGGCCACCGAGCCUCGUCAGAGCCGCUCGGGUGAAGCACCAAUCACCAAUCACGACAUGACGUCAUCCACCCUCGGCCGGCUUCAUCCUGCGCUUCACCACUCCAGCCCCCGCUCUGCUAUCCGCUGGGAGGCCCCCUUUGGACGUCGACCGUUCCACGCCGCCGCCGCACGCACAAUGUCCACCAGCCAGGGCUCCGCACCUCAGGGCGCAACGGCCCCGGCCGGGCAGGCCGACUGGUCGGCGUCGCAGUACCUCAAGUUCCACGCGCAGCGCACCCGCCCCGUGCACGACCUCGUGGCCCAGCUGCCGUCGCCGCCCAUCCCCGCCUCGGGCGCGCGCGUCGUCGACCUGGGCUGCGGGCCCGGCAACUCGACGGCCGUGCUGCGCGCCCGCUUCCCCGACGCCCGCAUCUCUGGUCUCGACUCGUCCCCGGACAUGGUCGCCCGCGCCCGCGCCCAGCCGUCGAUGCGCGACGGGCCCGCCGCCGUCGACUUCCACCAGGCCGACCUGCUGUCCUGGUCGCCAGACCAGCUCCCCGUCGGCGGCGGCGGCGGCGGCGGUGGCGACCGCCACCAGCCCGUGCAUCUCUUCUUCAGCAACGCCGUCCUGCACUGGCUGCGCCGGCACGACCGCGUCCCCACCAUUGUGCGCCUGGUGCGCACCCAGGCGCCCGGCGGCGUCUUCGCCUUCCAGUGCCCGGACAAUUGGGCCGAGCCGUCGCACGCCGCCAUGCGCGAGGUCGCCCUGCGGCCGGGCCGGCCCUGGUCGGCCGCAUUUGCUGCCCACCCGCCCAGCCGGCCCGGGGAGGGCGAGUCCGGCGACCCGGAGCGUCCGGACAUGGACGCGAUCGAGUCGCCCGAGGACAUGUACAAUGCGCUGAUCCCGCACUGCGCGAGCGUCGACGUCUGGAAGACCACCUACCAGCACGUCCUGCCGGGCCCGCGCGAGAUCGUCGAGUGGGUCAAGGGCACGGGGCUGAUGCCGUUCCUGAACCGGAUCCCCGAGCAGGGAGGUGCGAGGGAGGCGUUUCUGAGCGCGUACAAGGAGAGGCUGGCUGAGCUUUAUCCGCCGCUGGCUGACGGUCAAGUCACGCUACGGUACCCUAGGUUGUUUGUUAUUGCGGUUAGAAAAUAGUGCCUGGAGGGCCUGUUAGCACCCGAGGCACGGGCCCAGUUUUGCACACUUCUGGAUAUAAAGCUAUAUUUCUCCAGAAAAGACCGUGGCCGAUCCCGAAAGAAAAGCGUCGCCUGACACCUAACCAGCCAAGAACCAGAGAUACCCCGGGAUCGUGGCACAGUCGGUUAGCGCGCAGAUUUCAUGCCCCUGGGAGUAGUCUGAGGUCGUGAGUUCGAGCCUCACCG